CUUGCCCCAUUUGUGUAGGUUCAUUUUUUUUUUAAGACAGUUUCUUCUUGAGCCUAUCCCUUCUGAUACAUCUCUCAUCUAACAAAGCCAGUCCUGAAAAUCUCCACAGAACUCCUUCCUCAAGAUGGCACUAAGCAACAAUGUCAUCGGAGCCAUCAACUUUGUAGUUAUGCUCCUAUCCAUUCCGAUAAUCGGCACCGGAAUAUGGCUGGCAACAGAACCAGACAAUUCCUGUGUGAAGAUCCUCCAAUGGCCUGUCAUCAUUCUGGGAAUCUUGAUCUUGGUUGUGGCUAUAGCCGGAUUCAUCGGAGGGUUCUGGAGAGUCCCAUGGCUACUCAUCUUCUACCUCAUUGCCAUGCUUGUUCUUAUAAUAUUGCUUGCUUGUUUGGUUGUCUGUAUCUACAUGGUUACUGUUAGGGGCCAUGGCCAUAUUGAACCUAGCAGGGCUUACUUGGAGUAUCAUCUUGAUGACUUCUCCGGUUGGCUUCGCCGGAGAGUUAGAAGUUCUUAUAAGUGGGAUAGGAUAAGGAACUGUCUUAGCUCCACCAGCAUGUGUGCAGAGUUGAACCAGAGUUAUAGGAUGGCUCAGGAUUUCUUUGAUGCUCACAUUAGCCCCUUACAGUCAGGAUGCUGUAAGCCACCAACAGAAUGUGGGUACACCUUUGUGAACCCAACAUACUGGAUUAGCCCAAUAAACAUGGCGGCGGACAUGGAUUGCCUACAGUGGAGCAACGAGCAGACGCAGCUGUGCUACGCCUGCGAUUCGUGCAAAGCUGGAUUGCUAGCAAAUCUGAAGAAAGAAUGGAGAAGAGCAGACAUCAUAUUGCUCAUAACCCUAGUUGCCAUGAUAUGUGUUUAUCUGAUAGGGUGUUGUGCAUUUAGGAAUGCCAAAACUGAGGACUUGUUUAGGAAAUACCGGCAAGGCUAUGUGUAAGUGAUGAUACUGUACGUGGCUGUAAUAGGGGCAGUGCGUGGGGGAUUGAAGAAGAAGAUGGGUGUCAAUUCAUUUUCUUUGUUUUGUGACUUUGUAUGAUUAUUUAA